AUGGGUAGAAAGCAAUGGUUAGAUACUUAUUGCAAAAAACUAGCUAGAGAUAGGAGUCCAGCCAUAAUUGACAUGAUUGGCUCAGUUAGAUCAAAAAUAUAUAGUAUUUUCAAAAUAAUUGAAAGAGAUAAUGAAAAGUAUAAAAUGGCCAAAGAACAUUACAAAAUAUUAUACGCUAAUCUUUCAAUUGAAGAUAGAAUUACAAUAUCUACUAUAGAAUUGUAUUUUACACUGAAAUUAGGUCAAGUAUGGAUAGAGGUUGCUAAAUACUUUGAACAGGUUGGUAUUACUCCUCUUGGUAUGGAUGGUCAAGCACUUUUUUUGAUGAAUCAACGUUAUUCUUUGUGGGGUGAAAUAAUAAAAGAAAGACAAGCGAGGAUAAUAAAAUCUGUAAAAAGGGAGGAAGAGAUAGAAGAAAAAGAUGAAUAUGCAAGAAUUCGUGAUUCAAAGCUUAUUUUAGCAUUAGAUGCAUUUGAUGAAUUAGAUUACGUACAUAGAACAACAAAUAGAUCAUAUAGGAUAAAGAAAAAAUAUGAACAAAUACAACAGGUUAAUUUAGCUUUAAAAUUUCCAUAUAAAUCAGAUGAUUCACAUUGUCAUAGGACAUUCCAAGAUAAACUAAUGGUUACGACUAUAUUUAAUCAACAUCAAACAGUGAGUACUGGUUUGACGUUAGAUCCACAUUUAAAUCAAAUGAAACUUGGGAGAAUUCACCUUAUUUCUCCUUGUGAUUCCUAUAUUUCUGAUACGACAUGCGAUUCUGAACUAUAUCCGGCUUCUUUAUCAAGCAUCUGUCUGUCCAAUAUAGAAAAGUUCCUAGAGAAUGAAUAA